AUGGAACCUCCUUUUAACUUUAAAGUUGGAAAUCAGUCUAUUGAGAAAAGAGUCCAGCAGCAGAGAGCAGACUCCCCUGGACCCAGCUGUGUCUCCAUGAAGAGUGACCGGUCUAUGGAACAUCAUGCUACCUUUAAAGAUGGAAAUCAGUCCAUCGAGAAGAGAAGAGUCCAGCAGCAGAGAGCAGACUCCCCUGGUCCGAGCUGUGUCUCUAUGAAGAGUGGCUGGUCUAUGGAUCCUCCUGCUACGUUUAAAGAUGGAAAUCAGUCUAUUGAGAAGAGGCCACACCAGAAGAGGUCAAAGGUUACCAGUGCUCAGUCUGUACAGCAGCCUCAAACAGAGCUGAUCAAGAGGGCUGAGGAGAACGCACACGCUUUCCUCGACAAGGAGCUGAAGAAGCUCUGGAGGGAUCUCUUCCCAGAUUACCCACAAUGCUCAGAGAGUCAGAGGGAGGAGGAGGAGCUAGAUGGUGAGAAGGAGGAGCAGAGGAGGCGCGCCAUACAGGGAGUGGUGAACAUCACAAAGCUCUGCCUGAUGGAGAUGAACCAGGAGGAACUUGCCGACACACUGUGGGGCGGAUCUGCUGCUGUCGAGUGCCAACCACAAAAUCAAGUCUCAUUUGAAGAAGAAGUUCAAGUGUGUGUCUGAGGGACUCCCUAAAGCAGGAGAGCGAACAGGUCUGAAUGACUUCUACACAGAGAUCUUCAUCACAGAG